UUCUGUUAAAAGAAUAAGGUCACUACUAACCUGUUUUCCGUGUCAAGUAGCUCUGUGGUUUUAUAUAAGGUUGGAUGAAAAUGUCAACACAUUUUGCAGUGAUUUUGAUUAGUAUUUUCAUUUUUUCCUGUAUCAAUGCAGUUGUGUUGCAAGAUGAAAAUAGUGGCUAUUCAGAAAUAAAUGGUUUGAACAAAAAACUUUACCCAAACAAUCUUACUACCUUGAAGGAAACUGAUGAGGUGGAAGAACAUUUUGGCUGCAAGAUAAUGAGGGAUCUGAGGGUCGAGUCUAUGAUUUGUUUUGACAAGGUUGGCACCCUUGAAUGUACCAGAACAUUACCAGUAGGUACCCUGGUCUGGUUCUCGUGUCCCCUAUAUUACAAAGCACCCAACAAAAUGUCUAUGUGCAAGAGUGAUGGAGGUUGGACCGUUCCCAUAAAAUGUAAACCAGAGUGUGGGGUCAAGUCUUCAGAAGCUAUACCACUGAUCAUGCAUGGCAAGGGUGCUGUGUUAGGUCAGUUCCCAUGGGCAGCAGCUCUCUACCUCCGUUUUGACAAACAGUGGAGUUUCAACUGUGGAGGGACCCUCAUUGCUGACAAUGUUGUAAUUACAGCGGCUCAUUGUACAUGGAAUAUUGAAAAAGAGAGUAUGCUAAUUUCUCUAGGAAAUAUUCCUCGCACGCUACCAACAAACGUUAACCAUCCACAAGUAUUCAAGAUUAAAAGAGUUUACAUCCUGCCAGUAUUUAGAGAGGCAACAAACUAUUACAACAGUGAUAUUGCCAUUCUGGUUUUGGAGACACCUGCUCAGUUGUCUGAAAGUAUCUUACCAGCUUGUUUGCCCGAUUCAGUUGGAAAUGUUUCUGUAACACCGUUCACAAGUGGAGUCGUUGCAGGCUGGGGAAUGAACGAGAAAAGGGAACAACCAGAAAGCCUUAAUUACAUGAAAGUUCCAAUAAUUGAUAUGGUUAAAUGCAUGAAAAAUGUUCCAAAACAAUUCCGAAAAUUUAUGUCUUUUACGUCGUUUUGUGCAGGUUAUAUAAAUGGUACAGGAGCAUGUAAUGGUGACAGUGGUAAUGGACUGCUAACUGAGACUGAUGGUCGCUGGGUGUUGCAAGGUGUUGUCAAUAUUGUAAUGUUUCAUCUGACCUAUGGUACAGGAGCAUGUAAUGGUGACAGUGGUAAUGGACUGCUGACUGAGACUGAUGGUCGCUGGGUGUUGCAAGGUACAGGAGCAUGUAAUGGUGACAGUGGUAAUGGACUGCUGACUGAGACUGAUGGUCGCUGGGUGUUGCAAGGUACAGGAGCAUGUAAUGGUGACAGUGGUAAUGGACUGCUGACUGAGACUGAUGGUCGCUGGGUGUUGCAAGGUACAGGAGCAUGUAAUGGUGACAGUGGUAAUGGACUGCUGACUGAGACUGAUGGUCGCUGGGUGUUGCAAGGUACAGGAGCAUGUAAUGGUGACAGUGGUAAUGGACUGCUAACUGAGACUGAUGGUCGCUGGGUGUUGCAAGGUGUUGUCAGUAUUAGUCCUCGCCGUGGAACUUCCAGAUUCUGUCAUCCCAGAAACUACUCUCUUUAUACCAAGGUCAUGAUCUAUGUGGACUGGAUUCUGAAAGUUCUUGCAUUUGAAGACAUAAAAACACUACAGGAUGAUUAG